GGAAAAGGGAAAAGAAAAAAAAAAUGGGUUGAAAUCCAUACUUUAUUAGGGAUAUAAGCUGUCCAGCAAUAUAAAAAGUCGGAGCAAUAAUUUGUCGCGUGGUAAAGGCGUCCAUUAGUCCGGAAAUUUUUUGCCGGUAGCUGGUGGCGCGUUCUGUCGAGCCCCAUCGGAAACCGUUCCGCAAAUUCAGUCUAUCGAUAGGCACGCUGUUCUGUUCCUGUUUGUGACGAGUCCUACAAUUCCACAAUUCUGAUCGCCGAUUUUCGAGAAGAAUGGCGGCUUCUGGAGACUCAUGGGUGAGGGAGUACAAUGAAGCUGUUAAACUUGCUGAUGAUAUCACUAGCAUGAUAUCUGAAAGGAGUUCAUUGCCUGCGACUGGGCCAGAAGCGCAGAGGCAUUCAUCUGCCAUACGGAGAAAAAUAACCAUACUGGGAACCAGACUGGAUAGCUUACAGUCUCUUUUGUCUAAACUUCCUGGGAAGCAAUCCUUGACUGAAAAAGAAAUGAACCGUCGUGCUGACAUGGUUGCAAACCUGAGGUCAAAAGUAAACCAGAUGGCUUCUACUUUGAACAUGUCAAACUUUGCGAAUAGAGACAGCCUACUCGGACCAGAAGUAAAGCCUGUUGAUGCCAUGAGCAGAGCAAAUGGACUUGACAACCAAGGCGUUGUUGGUCUUCAGAGACAAAUCAUGAGAGAACAAGAUGAAGGUCUUGAGAAAUUGGAGGAGACAGUCAUAAGCACCAAACAUAUUGCGCUCGCUGUGAAUGAAGAGCUUGAUCUACAUGCCAGACUAAUUGAUGACCUGGAUGAACAUGUUGAUGUUACAGAUUCCCGACUGCAGAGAGUGCAGAGGAGGCUUGCAAUACUGAACAAACGGACAAAGGGUGGCUGCUCUUGCUUGUGCCUGAUGUUAUCAGUUAUAGGGAUCGUUGUGUUGGUCGCUCUUGUAUAUAUGCUGAUCAAAUAUCUGUAAUCUUUGAAGGAAUGGAAUUGGAACCUUUAAUGUCUGUCUGUCUUGAAUUGAUGUUUACUGCUUUUAGUAAAGAAGAAAGAGUGGGAAAGCAGGAAGGCGGUGUGUCUUCCUUGGAUUUGAGUUUUUCCUUUGUUUGCCAUAUUGUUUUGCCCAGUCCUUGUAUGUAUAUAUUUGAUUGCCGAAAGCAACUUCCGCACGGUUGUCAUAAACCCCAUUUUGAAGUUUUUUUUUUGCAGUUUUUGAGUCAGAAAAGCAUGUUUUGCUGAGUUGAUUGUAUUAGUAUCAUAUUUGGUUUGUGCUGUUUGUCAAUUACUCGAGGAUAUUGUUAAAUUAGUUGCAGUCAAGAACGGGGUGGUCUCUG